GCUGUUAGUGUGACGUAUAAUCUAGUGGACGGAACGCUUCUUUCAGCAGCAGCAACAGUUAUUCAGCCACCUCGGUAGCUUGCUAGCCAAAAUAGCCGAACCCAUAAAGCUCUUUAGACGCUUUAGUGUAUAUUAGCCACUGUAUUUCAAACCCUUGUCUGUCGUCUAGUUGGUUAGUUAUCCUAUUUCAUUUCAUAUUUACGGUGUUGUUGUUAUUAUUCAGAUGGCGGGCUGGUUAAGUUAGCAUUAGCCUAGCUAGCUAACAUCUCAGACCAUGAGUUCACUAAAUUACUCUCUUCCUGCUGAAGAAGAGACGGUCUGCUGGACGGAGAAAGAAGCUCUCAUCAAAGAGGAGGAAGAGAAGGAUGUUACAAUACAAAAACAAGUAGUGGGUGAGGUUGUUACCCUGAAAGAAGAAGAGGAAGACGUUACAGUGAAAGAAGAGGCGUUCAGAGUGAAAGAGGAGGAGGGUGUUCCAGUUAAAGAUGAGGAGGAUUCAGUUUUUGAAGUGAAAGCGGAGGAUGGGGAGUUUACGGUCUCAUCGGAAGAAGAGGAGGAGGAAACUGGAUAUCUGGGCCCGAUUUCCCAAACGCAAUUUAAGGCAUCCAGUGGUUCUAAAGAUGAACUUAGCCAUAAGAUGGUUUUGAGAAACCGGGCCGUGAUUACCACUGGAGAGAUAAGGGACUAUCGUGGAUCCUCUGGGGAGCCUCAACAACCUCAUGAUGCUGAAGAGGCAGAGAAGAGUCUCUCCAGAUCAGAACACUUCAAGAAACACCAGCAGAGAUCCACAGGGAAGAGAACUCACUGCUGCUCUGACUGUGGGAAGAGAUUCACCUCAUCAGGCAUUAAAAUUCAUCAGAGAACACACACAGGAGAGAAACCUUAUAGCUGUGGUCAAUGUGGGAAGAGAUGUACUACAUCUGUCCAUCUGACUCUACACCAGAGAAUACACACAGGAGAGAAACCUUACAGCUGUGGUCAAUGUGGGAAGAGUUUUUUUCAAUCUAGUGAUCUAAAAGUGCACCAGAGAACACACACAGGAGAGAAACCUUAUAGCUGUGGUCAAUGUGGGAAGAGUUUUACUACAUCUAGCCAUCUGACUCGACACCAGAGAACACACACAGGAGAGAAACCUUACAGCUGUGGUCAAUGUGGGAAGAGUUUUACUACAUCUAGCAAUCUGACUCUACACCAGAGAACACACACAGGAGAGAAACCUUACAGCUGUGGUCAAUGUGGGAAGAGUUUUACUACAUAUGGCCAGGUUACAUUACACCAGAGAACACACACAGGAGAGAAACCUUACAGCUGUGGUCAAUGUGGGAAGAGUUUUGGUGCAUCUAGCACUCUGACUCUACACCAGAGAACACACACAGGAGAGAAACCUUACAGCUGUGGUCAAUGUGGGAAGAGUUUUGGUGCAUCUCGCACUCUGACUCUACACCAGAGAACACACACAGGAGAGAAACCUUACAGCUGUGGUCAAUGUGGGAAGAGUUUUACAAUAUCUAGCAAUCUGACUCUACACCAGAGAACACACACAGGAGAGAAACCGUAUAGCUGUGGUCAAUGUGGGAAGAGUUUUGGUGCAUCUAGCACUCUGACUAUACACCAGAGAACACACACAGGAGAGAAACCUUACAGCUGUGGUCAAUGUGGGAAGAGAUGUACUACAUCUGGCCAUCUGACUCUACACCAGAGAAUACACACAGGAGAGAAACCUUACAGCUGUGGUCAAUGUGGGAAGAGUUUUUUUCAAUCUAGUCAUCUAAAAGUGCACCAGAGAACACACACAGGAGAGAAACCUUACAGCUGUGGUCAAUGUGGGAAGAGUUUUACUACAUCUAGCAAUCUGACUCUACACCAGAGAAUACACACAGGAGAGAAUCCGUAUAGCUGUGGUCAAUGUGGGAAGAGUUUUGGUCGAUCUGGCCAGCUGACAUUACACCAGAGAAUACACACAGGAGAGAAACCUUACAGCUGUGGUCAAUGUGGGAAGAGUUUUACUACAUCUAGCAAUCUGACUCUACACCAGAGAAUACACACAGGAGAGAAACCUUACAGCUGUCGUCAAUGUGGGAAGAGUUUUACUACAUCUAGCAAUCUGACUCUACACCAGAGAAUACACACAGGAGAGAAACCGUAUAGCUGUGGUCAAUGUGGGAAGAAUUUUGGUCGAUCUGGCCAGCUGACAUUACACCAGAGAAUACACACAGGAGAGAAACCUUAUAGCUGACAAGAGACAAAGAUCUCUGAUCAAAGGAGUUAUUUCGUGAUAUCAAUGAAAUGAUGUCACAAUGUAGAAUGUUUUAACAUUGAAGUAUGAGUAUUUUAAUGAUGUCACAAUGUAGAACCCUAAACGUUUGUCCCUGUUCUAUUGAUUUCAACAUGAUAUGGAUAUUAGCCUCAGGGGGAAAAUCAAGGCUCUGAAAUGGAAGAAUACUAUUUAUGUGAUUUAAAAAAAAAAGUGACUAACACAAAAAGAGUUUUGUUACACUUACCAUGUUGGUGACCCACUUGAAUCAAAAUGCAACACUUCAAAGUGUAGCUAGCUGUUUUCUACAAGUUGUCCUCUAACCAGGGAUGUACACAUUACUCCCAGAUUCCGUGUGAUUUUUGAGCUGUUAGUUUUAACAGGACGUGCAACCUCAUCUCCCUCUUCUCGGCACAAUUGAUUUUAACAUGAUAUCGUUGAGUGAUGACAGAAUGUAGCUGACUGUCUUCUGCAGGUUGUCCUCUUAUCAGUGAGGUUAAAGAUAUCUCCAAUUUCCAUGUUUUUUUUGUUGUUGUGUUAGUUUCAACAGCACGUACAACCUAAUUUCCCCCCUAAUCGAUAUCAGUGAUUUAUUGCUACUUGUCAAAACAACAGCGUUUUUGGUGCGUGUGCAGUUUAUAAGGAGCUUGUUUAUAUAAGUAAUAUGAUUAUUGUGGCAGAUGUUUGUGUAUAUAGCACAUUUUACAUUUAGGUUUUCAAUUUAUUAAAAAAUACAAUUAUUGUGAGAGAUGUUUGUGUAUAUACCACAUGUUAGGUUUUCAAUUGAUCCCAAACUGUUUCUGCAUAUUGGUUAUUGAUUUGUCACAAAACAAACUGUGUUUUGACAUUGGGCUAUCCCACCUAGCAAAAUGUAAUUGAAAAUCCGACUAUGCAAUCAAAUAUUUCAUAUUUACAUUUCAUGUAACAUUUACUAAUUAUAUGAUAUUUAUUCAUGCAACCAACUGACAAUUUUUGGGUACAAUUAUAUUGACAUUGUUGCCCUGUUUUUAGAAUAUCAGGGUUAAUUCUCUCGUGCCAAUCCAAAUGUACUAGAGCAUGACAUUGGGUACUGUGCCCAGAUCCAACAACAUGCCUAUCUAGUGAACCCUGAGAAGAGAGAGAAGCUCCGCAGUGAGGUGGAAAGUUACUACGGAUAUUGCAGUAGUUUCCUCUUGAAAUCAGACAUGUCCGUGGUGAGAACAACCUGGUUGCUGAUUGUCUCAAGGGGGGCAGUCAAAAUGUUUUGUGUUUUGCGUUUAGCCAGUGCAUUGCCAUGGAUCACAGUUUAUUUUUACUGCACGUUUUUCCAAUUUGGAGAUGAGUUUUGUUUGGGCUCGUUCCAAGGGGACGGGAGUUCUAGAAGCGAGUGAGUUUUAGGAAGACGAGAGUUCUAGAAGCUAUAGAAAGAAAAAUCUUUGUGGGAAUAAUAAAAAAUAAAUAUUGUUUUUAUUGUUGUUUGCCAGUAGACAGACACCAUGUUUAUAUUGGUGACGGUGAAGCAUUGUAGUUGAUUAUAAUGUGAAAUGGAAGUUGUUUUCUGUUGUUGGUGAGCAAACUCUUAAGGUGUUAGUUAGUCUUGGGUUUUUACAUUUAUGUUUUGAGGUUGGACUUUAGCACGUAUAGCUCGUUAGCACGUAGGGCGCACUGAUUGGUGUCACCUCGUUAGUCAGUAUGAGUUACACCUGUGUUGGCUUGUCCAUCUCGUUAGUGGGAAGGUGUUUCACCUGAGCUGGUCCAGGUUCUAUUUAAGAGUGUCUGGCCCAGUGCUCCAGUUGUCUUGAUAGAUGUGGAGAGGCAACACCUUUAGUUGCUCCACUUUUUUGGUUUGCUUCCUGUCUGUAAGUCUGGUGUGGGUUUUUCUGUUGUUUGCCUCUUCUUGGGCAGAUUUAGUGGGUCUCAUGGUUGGUGUCUUUUAGGUCCCAGUUGUUGUUACCAGUCAACUUUCAGUCGACACCCCCAUAGUGUCUUUCAGAACCCCUCCUAAAAAACAAGCUUAUAUUUUGGGUUGGAUAUUGCAUCCUAUUAAUAUUUUAAUCAAUGGCAUUUCCUUACAAUGCUCAUUAGUCUUUCAGUUAUUAUUGUUUGUGUACUAAAUUUUUCUGUUUAUUUUCAUAGUUUUUUCCUGUAAAUCCGUUGUUGUAUCCGUGUCUGAAAUGUGCUGUAUAAAUAAAGCUUGAUUUGAACAUAUUGUAAGACAAAUGAACCCAAUGACUGACAAUCAACAGACUCUUGGUCCCCCAAUCAACAGACUCUGGUACAUCUCAGGCAAAACCA